AUGGCCGCCGAACCCUCUGGCUUCGCGCUCCGGAAGAACGGGACCUGCCUCUCGGAAGAGGUCGAUUGUGGCCGAACAGUCGACCCCUACCGCGUCUGCUGCCCCGCCGAUUCUUUCUGCCCUGCCAAGUAUAACGUCGAUUGUUGUCCCACCGCCGCGAACUGUACGACCCAACUCAUCCAGACCCCGGCCUGCGCGAACGAGACAUGGGAUCUCUACGAUAAUGGCGGAUACUUUUGCUGCGAGAGGGGAUUGAUCGGAUACGCGGCCACGAGAACGGGGAGCAACGGGUGCGCGUCGCCAGGCUACGCCUUCCAGGCCGGCGAGGUGGCGCUCAAGCUGAUCAGCGCGGGAACAGACGGCAGCGACGCAGACCCAGAACCCUCCACCACGGGGUCCACGACCUUCUCCUCGAGUAACCCAGCACCCACCGCCGCGGUGACGACGCCGCCGCCCGAAUCAGCCAGCUCCGGUACCCCGGCGGGUGCCAUAGCGGGCGGCGUGAUUGGCGGCCUCGCGGCGCUCGCGCUCGUGGGCGCCGCGAUAUGGUGGUUCCGGAAACGGAAGGCGGCUAGCGCGCAAGACGAGAAGGCCCACGCUGCUGAGCUACCGCAUGAGGGGAGCGCGAGGUCGGAGCUGGAUGGGGGCGCGUGGGGCGCGGGUCAGUAUCGGGGGACCGCAGGAGAUGUCGGCGCCGAGACAGAUGGCGCCGAGCGAACUUCCGGCGUAGGAGGGGGUUUGGAAGAAAGUGGUGUGCGGUAG